AUGCAUGAAGGGGUUGUUUUUGUGCUAUCUGGGUUUGUUAACCCAGAGAGGAGUAUGUUGCGGUCACAAGCACUGGAAAUGGGAGCUGAGUAUCAACCUGACUGGAGUUCAGAUUGCACACUGUUGGUUUGUGCUUUUCCAAAUACUCCGAAGUACCGGCAAGUUCAAACUGAUUGUGGAACAAUUGUUUCAAAGGAAUGGAUAUCAGAAUGUUAUACCCAAAAGAAGCUUGUUGAUAUUGAACAAUACCUAAUGCAUGCUGGAAAACCAUGGCGGAAAAGCAUUAUUUCCAAUUAUACUGGGGAAGAUAAAAAAGGAUCCCCUCCUGAAACAUCUCAGAAGCAAGUUAAUAAAGAAACAGAAGCAAAGUCAACAGUUGUAUCCUUGAAGCAGAGCAGAGCUUCCAAUCUUGUUAAAGAUUGGUUUUCCGUUCCUGAGAUGAAGAAAUGGGCUAUAGAGGAUCUGAAUAAAACUAUCUCAUGGCUUGAAAGUCAAGAGGAGAAGGUAACUGGCAUUUGUUCGCUUUGUCAUUUCACAAAGCGUGAUGUUUGUCUUGUAACGGAGCAGUGGAACUUCAUUCCUCGCAUAGUUGAGGAGCUUGUAAGGAUUGAGAGUACCAAAAAUGAUUCAACCUCACUCUCGAAGGAAGAUCUUUGCAAACAAGCUAAGGCAUGCAAGAAAAUAUACAAGGAGGAACUGAGCAAGUUAGGUGAUGGUUCACCUGCCAGGAAGAAAAAGCCAAAAACCGAUGAAAGCAGAAACAAUGGAAGAAAUAAAACCAUCUCCAAGGAUGCAGCAGGAUAUGACAGUGAUGAAACAAUUGAAAUGACCGAAGAAGAAACUAACAUUGCAGACAAAACUAUGGCGUCAAAAUUUGUAAAUUACAAAUGAUUUUGGAGCAGAAUCUUGCUGCUGGUCUAAAGGGUUUAGGCAAGCGCAAGGAAGAUCCAGAGAAGACAUUUUAGAGAGGAAGAGUCUCCUGCGCACGAGUAACUUCAUUCACAGGUCAAGUAGUGUGUUUUAUUUGCAAGGACACUGCUGAAAUUCUCCUGUAUGGAUUAAAUUUAUCUUGAACACCAGAGAAACUGAUUACAAAGUUACCUCUGGAAACAGCUUUAAGUAAUACCACCCUCUUUUCAUGGAAAUCAUUUAGGAAAUUGAUCUGGAUUUCAAUUUGUAGCUCAUUAACUUGGUUUCUUCUAGUAACGAUUGAAAUAAUUAUUUUGAAUAAAGGAAGAUAAUGAAAGUUA